GUCAGCUGUUCUGAGCUAUGUCAGAAGAUGCCGGAUACAGUUGUAGUGGAAGGACAAGUUAAAUUCAGAGAUGGGAAAAAGUGGAAGACUCGUUGGGUCGCGUUGCGGAAGCCGUCCCCAGUCGCAGACUGCCUCUCUCUCCUGGUCUACCGGGAUAAGUCCGAUAAGGUCAGGGGUCGUCGUGAGCGGCUGCAGAUGACCUUGGAGGGGAUCUGUGGAGUGGAGCCGGGGUUAGGGUACGACGGGGUGGCCUACACCCUCACCAUCCUCUGUCUGGGACACACAGUGGGACUGGGCUUCGACAGCAGAGAGGGGCUGACGGCAUGGGACGCUAGGCUGAGAUACAGUCUGGGAGAAGUCCACAGGUUCAGUGUAGGCGUUCAGCCAGGAACUAAGCUAGAGAGUGGUCCCGCCUCCCUGCACCUGUGCAACAACCUACUGGUCCUCACUAGGGACCUCCCCCCGGCCGUGAUUGGCCAGUGGAAGCUGUCAGACCUGCGUCGCUAUGGCGACGUGCCCAAUGGCUUUGUGUUUGAGGGCGGCACUAGAUGUGGAUACUGGGCUGGUGUGUUCUUCCUGUCCUGUUCAGAAGGAGAGCAGAUCAGUUUCCUGUUUGACUGUAUAGUCAGAGGCAUCUCUCCUAGUAGAACACCUAGUGGCCUCAGACCUAACCUACCAGAUCCCAGUGCUAGCCGGUCCUCCUCCUCAGAGAGGAUCAACCAUGAAACAUCGGAUCUAGAGAGAAGACUCAGCAUGCUGUCUCACCGCAGUAGACAGAGCAGUACAGCCUCCACCUCCAGUUACAGCACCUCCAUUGCCGGGGACGACCGCAGCAGUAUCUCUUCCUCUUCCUCCAGCCAAUCAGACGCCAGCUACGGAAGCCACUUCCCUUUAUGGCCAGGGCCAAAACGCCCCACUUCCUCAACCGAGACCCUGUCGGCCCCUCCCACUGCGAGGUCCUCGACCAAUCUGGACGAGGAUCUCUAUAACGCUGUCAUGAACCGCACUCCUUUCAAACCGCCUUCCCACCUUCACAGUCUCCACGACAGCGGGCGCCAAAGCUCGUUGGACAGCGGGAUAGGCGUCGCCACGGCCAGCAGCCAAUCGUCUUACUCUGGGAGCUUCUCUUCCUGUACGGGCAGCCUGGACACAGCCAGUCAAGGAGGAGGGGAGGAGUUUGGGUCUGUCCUUAGUCUACCUCCCCCUCUUCUCUCUCUGCCUCCUCUUUCUCUAUCUCCCCCUCCUCCCUCUCUACCUCCUCCUCCUCCACCCAGUCUACCUCCUCCACCUCCUCCUCUGUCCUUAAGGACCCCUGAGCCCGGCCCUCUCUCCCCCCCUACUCCCGGCUCCUGCCUCCCGUCUUGCUCCUCCUCCUCCAGGACUAGUGGUUGUAGCUCUGGCGCCCCCUGGUGUCAGAGUGAGGAGUACCAGGCACCCAGCCUUCUCAGACUACAGUAUGACAGCCCCAGGAACCUCCUGCACACCCUGGCCUUCAAGGAUCCUCCACCCCAGGGAGGAGCACCCGAACUGGGCAGGGACAGGCAGCUCGGUGGGGAUGGAGAUCAAGGACAGAUCCAGGGGCAUGAGUGUCCUUCCCUUCCUUCCAACCCCACUGAGGCCUCUCUCCAGUGGGUAGAGACCCCGAGGCAGGCCCCCGUAGAGAGGCACCUGUCCUGGAGCAGUGAGAGAGCGCCCCCUGUGGACAGUGGUGAUCGGUGCAGCAUCAUGUCCGCUCGGCUCACACCCAGACCUCUGCUGUUACCUGGCUGUCCAGUGUGUGGAGGAACCCAGAGUCAUCAUCCCUGUGUAGAUCACAACUACAUUACCCAUGAGCAAUGGUUCUCAGCUAGAAAGAGACAUGUUACGCAGACAAACAGCCCUUCACAUUCAGGGCUUUCCCCAACACCAGAUCCACCACCCCAGUGUAGAGAGGUGGUGCGGGGUGAGGCGGGCCUCUCUCACCCUCUAGAACCCUCCUAUUCACCCCCACCUCCCCACGGCACGAUGACGCCAAGCAGACAGACCUCAGUCUCUGGCGGGAGAUUCUUUAAGUUUCCUCCGGAUGCUUCUGCCAUGAUGAUGUCAUCAGUCCUGGACAGGCGUCACCACACCGACCCCAGUGUGAACUACGUCAACAUCCCCGUUAGCCCUGCGGCUAAAGCUAACAGAGCUGGCAGAGAGCUGCUGUACAUGGAGCUGGAUCUACAGCCAGAGCCCUACGGUGGUCCAGUUUCCACCAACAUCACUGCAGCGAGGGGUAACCCUGUGCAGCUGCGCAGACCCAUUUGGCUGGCUGACUGGUUUGGCUGGCUGGCUGGCAGGUUGAUUGGCUGGCUGGCUGGCAGGUUGAUUGGCUGGCUGGCAGGUUGGCUGGCAGGUUGGCUGGCAGGUUUGGCUGGCAGGUUGGCUGGCUGGCAGGUUGGCUGGUCUGCUGUCCCUUAG